ACUCACUCACAGCUGCGCGUGGGACCAGAGCAUACGCGCGCGCGCUCGUCUGCAUCAUUAACAGCCCAUGCAGCGCUCCAUAUUAUUUCAAUGGGCUGCGGUGGGAGUCGAGCAGAUGCUAUUGAACCGCGAUAUCAUGAGAGCUGGACCAGAGAGACCGAAUCGACGUGGCUUACCAACACUGAUGCUGAAAUCUCCAACGGCGUGACUUCUAAGAACCGCGUCGUGCGUGGAGAAUCUAGCCAUCUUAUAAAAGACAAUGCAAAACUAUCAGGUACAUGUAUGGAGGGCAGAUCCUGUGGAGACCGAGGCAGACAGAUGGUUAAUGCAGGAACUCAGUGUGGAAAGCAGGUUUGGACUUCCAGCACCUGCGCAAACCAUCAAAAAAUACAUCCUGCGGUUAUGAGCCGGUGGGUGACUCAAAACAGACAAUGCACAAAGAGGAAACUGCUGCAUCUGCAGGGGAGCCAUGAGGGAAAAAACAUCUUCGUCUGAUGCGGAGGAUACACUCUGAAACCCAGAGGAGUUCAGUGAUGUGAAUUAGGAAGCCUAAGCUGUAAAGAGAAAUAGAGCUCCACAAGAUGAUAUCCUAUUAAGGCACACUUAUAGAAAUAUUACUCUUUGCUGAAGUUUUGUUGCAAAAGUGGGUUAAAAAAAGAUGCAUCUGAUCAUUAGCAUGGCAAAUAGAGAUUAUAGUCAACCCUAAUUUCCUCACAGGAGUUACUGAACAAAGCACAUGUUCAUAAUGUUGCAUAGGUAUAGAUAUGUUUAUUUUAUCUUUAUUGGUGAUUCAGUUUCAUAGUAAUUUUCUUUUUUAUUUUAGAAAUAAAGUUGCAUUAUUUGCCUUUGACAUGGAGGAAAACCACAAACCAGCCAAACCAAGAUGUGAUUUUGUCCCACUGUAGUCCAGUGUUAUUUAUACUAAUGCGAUAUUAUGUCUAUAUAUAUAU